AUGGCUAUUUAUGGUAAUGGGCGUAUUGCCAAUGAAUUACAUCAUUUAUUCGCAAACAAAAAGCCUGAACAAGUUACUAUUUAUGAUUUAUUGGAGUUUGACCAGAUGCAUUAUGAUGGAAUAGCAGCACUGGAUGUAGCAGUUGAGAAAUGUCAGAUAAAAGAACAUCAACAUAUAGUCGAUAUUGGUAGUGGAUAUGGUGGUCCAAGUCGUUAUUUAGCCUGGAAAUAUAACGUCAAUGUGACGGCUAUUGAAUUACAAGAAGAACAUUCUAAUCAAGCCAAUGAGUUAACUAAAUAUGUUCAACUUGGGAGUAAAGUUCGUCAUUUAAAUGCUGAUAUAUCCGCAUUAGAUACACGAGAAUAUAAUGAGAAAUUUCAUGUUGCCAUUUCAUUGCUGGUAUUUUUACAUAUUCCAAAUCGUGAUCAGUUAUUAAAAAAUGUCAGCUCAAUACUAAAAUUAUCAAUUGGUAAAUUAUUUAUCGAAGACUGGUAUUGCAAAUAUUCAUUUUUACCAGAAGAAGUCAAAUGUUUAUCCGAAAAAAUGCUCUGCCCAUAUCUUCCAACAAAAGAUGAAUAUAUUGAGCAAUUAAUAUCAGCUGGUUUUGGAGACAUAGAAUUUAUUGAUAUGACUGAGUCAUGGACAACUAUAUGCAGUAAACGUAGUGAAGACUUUUAUUUAAAUCGAGAAAUCGAAAUUCAGAAACAUGGACAAUCUGUUUAUGAAGACCUAUUAAGUUUUUAUCAAGGUGUUGAUAAAUUAUUUAAAAAUGGACAUUUAGGUGGAGCACGAAUUGUGGCAACAAAACUUCGUUAG